AUGGCGACGCCGACGGUCACAGUAAUUAGAUCGGAUUUAUCAGGUGUCGAUAUAUCAGAUCAACGGCUUCGUCAGAAUGGAUUCAUCAGAACUAGAAUAAUCGAUGUGGUUCCGAGAAGAUCAUCACCGCCAAAUUUCGAAGCCGCUGAUCAGAAUGAGAGGCCUUCACCACCAGCGACAAAGGCGUCAAUAGAGGCACUGCCAAUUAUUCAAAUUGUAGAAAAUGAAGGAGAAUGUGCUAUUUGUUUGUUGGAGUUUCAAGUCGGGGGAAAAGCUAAAGAGAUGCCAUGUAAACAUCGUUAUCAUUCCAAUUGUAUUAACAAGUGGUUGGAGAUACAUGGAUCAUGUCCAGCAAUUAUCGGAAGAGAUGUGAUGUCUGUUCAGAAAAAAGUGUCUGUUCGGAGGGAAAAUUCCGUUAAGCAACGUUCAGCAAAGGCUUGGCUUAAUUCCAUUAAGCAACGUUCAGCAAAGGCUUAA